ACAGCGGGGACCCCAAGGCACGAGAGAGGUCACCAUCCGCCGACUUCCUACACUUCCGCAUCCGGCCGCGCCAAGCUGGUGCUCUGGAGUACCACCUUCUGCUCGACCGACUCUGUUUCUCACAUUCCUACUUACUUAACCCCCCACUCAUCGACGGACGCCCUCGCUAUCCUUUGCAGCGGCAGUCCCCGGCCAUAUCCCGGCCAAAAUGCGAUUAAUAUCCCUCGUCAUCAGUUUCUUGGUCGUCCUGCUCAACUCCCCGCAGGCGGCCGCCGUCAAGCUCAUCGAAUCCAAUGCUCUUAGUAUCUGUCAAGACAGUUCGAACUUCACAGCCACCUACUUCAGUGUCACUUUUACACCGGGCAACCGCUCGCUCUCCUUCAGCUUCGAUGGAGUGUCGGCAAUUUCGGGAAAGGUGACGGCGGAGCUUGUUCUCGAGGCCUAUGGUAUCCAGGUUCUGACCAAAACUCUGGACCCAUGUGAAAUGGAUAUUUCGGGACUUUGUCCCAUGAAUGCUGGUGCUAUCGAUGUUCCUAAAGCUGUCAUCACGGUGCCUGAAUCCGUGGUCAAGUCCAUUCCAAACAUCGCCUACACCGUGCCGGAUCUCGAUGCCAACGUGCGUAUCUACAUCAACUCCACCGAUACCGGCGAAAGCAUUACUUGUGUCGAAGCGUCCCUUUCAAACGGCAAGACAGUCUAUCAGAAGGGCGUGGGCUGGACGACAGCAAUUAUCUCUGGUUUAGGACUGGCUGCCUCGGCUAUCACCUCGGGCUUGGGCCAUUCGAAUACUGCUGCUCACGUCGCGGCUAACGCACUCUCCCUCUUCAGCUUCAUGCAAUCCCAAGCAAUGAUCGGUAUGACAUCAGUUCACAUGCCUCCGAUUGUGGAGUCAUGGACACAGAAUUUCCAGUGGAGUAUGGGUAUUAUCCAUGUCGGCUUCUUGGAAGACAUCUGCACCUGGUAUCAACGGUCGACCGGAGGGACUGCCUCGACGCUUCUUUCGGACCUGUCAACGACGUCGGUUCAGCUUUACAAACGUCGCAAGCGCUCUGAUGAUGAAGAAGGCAUUGUGAGGAAAGCCACUGGGUACUUCAAGUAUUAUCAGAAACGUUCGUCCGCAAGCACCCAGACAGCCACGGACUCUAGUGUCAUUGUUCGUGGUAUUGAGCGUGUCGGUUUCAAGGCUGGAAUUGAAACCACGAAUAUCUUUUUGACCGGUCUGAUCUUCUUUGUCGUGUUCGUCGCCUUGGUAAUGUUGCUCGUUGCCAUUUUCAAGGUUAUCUGCGAGCUUCUUGUCAAGAAUGGCAAGAUGAAGAGUGAUAAGUUCCAGGAGUUCCGUAACGGAUGGAAGGUCGUCGCACGUGGAAUCCUGUUCCGGCUCACCCUGAUCGGCUUCCCCCAAAUGUCAGUUCUCUGCUUGUGGGAGUUUACCAAGGUGGACUCGGCUGCCGAGGUGGUUCUCGCCGUGAUCAUGUUUAUUUCAGUGGUUGCAGCGCUGGGUUGGGCUGCGGUCAAGGUCAUGCAUCUGGCCAAACGCUCCGUCAUCAUGCACAAGAACCCGGCUUAUAUCCUUUACUCCGACCCUACCUGCUUGAACAAGUGGGGGUUCUUGUAUGUGCAAUAUCGUGCAACAGCAUACUACUUCAUCGUUCCAUUCUUGGGAUAUAUUCUCAUCAAGGGCAUGUUCAUUGGCUUGAGCCAGCCAGCUCCGGUUGUGCAAACGAUCGCCCUCGUCAUCAUCGAAGCCGGCAUGCUCAUUGGCGUCAGCGUCCUGCGACCGUGGAUGGACAAGAAAACUAACAUCUACAACAUCUCUAUCGCUGCCAUCAACUUCCUCAACGUUAUCUUCCUUCUUUUCUUCUCCAAUGUGUUCAACCAGCCUGGCAUCGUCACCGGUGUUAUGGGUGUUGUCUUUUUCGUAUACAACGCUGUGUUUGCCCUAGUGCUGUUGAUCCUCGUCCUGAUCGCAUCUAUCUACGCCAUCGUUUCCAAGAACCCCGACACGCGGUACCAGCCCAUGAGAGAUGACCGGGGCUCGUUCAUCAAAUCUGGAGGUCAGCUGACAACCGAAUUGGAUGCCCUGGGCGCCACCGCCCGCGGGGACAUGAAGCCUUCGCCAUACAAGUCCAGCCCGUUUGAGGAUGAUAAUGCGUCCUUCUCGAGCGGAAACGGUGCCAGUGUUAGCCGCCAGAACCUCGAAGCCCCCGAGGCCCCGGCCAACCAGACCGCUCGUCAUUCCCCGGUUUCCCCAGUCGACCCAUCCUUGCCGCUAUUCCCAAGCGACAACAAUUCGAUCCGGAACGGCCCCCCAAGCUACGAUGCCAAUUUCGGACGGGCGCCAUCUCCCGUCCCACGGGGCUACAACAGCUCCCCCUUUCAGAACCCACAUGCAUACCGGCAACAAAACAACCCCAGCCCAUGGCAAAGGGGGGCAGGAUAUGACCACUGAAAGAAUAAUACGAUUGCUUUCUAGCCCUGCUUGAGAUGAAGUUAUGGCUUAGUGCGGGCAUGGGUUGAUUCUUCGGGCCCUUUCUAGCUUUACUGACCGCAUCCACCCGCACUAUGUGCGUUUUGCUUUUGAUUCCUCACAUUUGCCUGUGCAUCUGCCUUUGGCUACCAUUCCUUGUCGUAUACUGUGAUAUACAGGAAAAUUUUCUUUUCUUUUCUUUUAACUUGCUCUGGCUGUCUUCCGAACCCUACCAAGGCAUCUUCCUUUCUUUCCCCCUUUCUCUGUCGAUGUUUUUUCACCGCUGGCGUUCUGAAAUACUGGAUCUGGAGAUCGGUACUUGGGUUUUGCGGAAUAUGUGAAGUUUUUUUGAGUGACAGGGGGUCUGUUUACUGUCUGAUCCGAUAUCCCUGUAUUAUUGUGUGAUUUCCUC